AAGGACUGGAGGGGACUCGAGGAGUCCGGGCGUCCCGUGUGCUCGCGCAGGAGACUUCAUAACCUACAAGCUAAGUCCCUGACUCCCAGAGCAGGGGGUUUGUCACAGGCUCUGCAACACCUGUCUCCUGCACUGCAGUAGCUGAAGUUGGCCGUGGCCGGAAAGAGAUCCUGGACCCAGGCCCGGGAGCGCAGCGGCCCAGGGAGUUUCUAUCCGCCAGCCAGGCCCUGCGUGGCUACCAUUGGUAGUAGGAGCCUACGCCCUUGGGUCCUAAAGCUCUGGGCAAUCCUAGGCCUGCUCCUGGCCUGUUUCCUCAUCUGUGGAAGCUUCCUAAGGUUGUUGCCAGAAACAAGUGAACAAACGCAGGUGUAGCUCAUGGCAUACAGCAGUCGCUCAAUAAAUGGCGUUAUGAUUUUCAAUUGGAGUCACCACCCCCUGUCCAUUUAUCUGCUUCUCGCCCUCCCUGGCCGGCACAUAGUAGGCCCCCAAUAAAUAAAUGCCGAAUGAACAACAAGUUAUAUGCACAACCAAUCAUUCACAGGGGUGGAGGAUGUCUGGUGUUCCUAUUUCACAGGAGAGAAAACUGAGGCCCUGGUCAAGAAGUGGCCCACACAAGGUCACACAGAGCAGGAGGCAAGGGUAGGCCCCUGAGUCACGCUGUGUGCCCAAUGGGCCAACAGAUAUUAACGAGGCCACCAAGACACUCUCGCAGAGGCAAUCAAAAGGGUCAGACCUUCAGGCCUCUGGGCCAGCUACCGCCUGUCUACCCAGCCCCUGGAAAGAACGCGGGCCCCGAUAGCUUUCUGCACAAUAGAGGCUCACAUACAUAAGAAGCGCACACACUUUACGAUGGGCUCCAGGUGUCGGCUCAUUCCGCAAACUGCCACUACAUAACUGGACUACGGGAUGGGAACUCAUUCCUGCGCCUUUAAAUUCGGGGUGCGUCGAAAAGUCCCGCCCCGAGGGAGCGCGCAACCUGGUUAGGGGGCGUGGCCUGGCCACUAUUGGCUAAACCACGAAGUAUUUUGGAACAAGGGCGCGGGCCUUGAGCGCUUCGAUUGGAGGCAGACAGACAUGGCAGAGUUUUCCCAGAAACGGAAGAAGCGGCAUGACGACGACAUGCUGGGCAGUGCUGUGGACUUCCUCCUGGCCAAUGCCCGCCUGGUACUGGGCAUGGGCGGGGCUGCCGUGCUGGGUAUUGCCACCCUGGCUGUGAAGAGGCUCAUUGAUAAGGCCACCGGCCCUCAGGACGAAGAUGACACUAAGGGGGAUACCACAUCCCUGGAGGACAGUUGGAAAGAACUGAGCCUGCUCAAGGCCACGCCACGCCUACAGUCCCAGUCCCCACCUGCUGCCCUCAGCCAGCCUGUGCUGCUCCCAGCCCCCUUGCCCUCUGCCCCAGAGGGGCCCACAGAUGCCGACCCUCAGCCGUCGUCUCAGCUUAGCCCCCCAGCACCAUUGUGCCUGACGUUCCAGGAGAAACUGCUGGUGUUUGAGCGGGACCAUGUGACCAUCCCAUUGUCCCAUGUGGCUCUGGCUAAACAGCUGGCCGGAGACAUUGCCCUGGAGCUACAGGCCUACUUGAGGAGCAAGUUCCCUGAACUGCCCUUUGGGGCACUUGUGCCUGGGGGGCCGCUCUAUGAUGGCCUGCAGGCAGGGGCCGCUGACCACGUGCGUCUCCUGGCACCCCUGGUGUUGGAGCCAGGCCUGUGGAGCCUGGUACCAGGCAUGGACACUGUGGCUAGGGACCCUCGCUGCUGGGCUGUGCGCAGGACUCAGUUUGAGUUCCACCCCCGGGGAAGCAGCCCUUGGGACCGCUUCCUGGUGGGUGGCUACCUCUCUUCCCGUGUCCUACUGGAACUGUUCCGCAAAGCACUAGCUGCCUCCGUCAAUUGGCCAGCUAUUGGCACCCUUCUUGGGUGCCUGAUCCGGCCCUGUGUAGCUUCAGAGGAGCUGCUGCUGGAGGUGCAGCAUGAACACCUGGAGCUCACUGUUGCUGUGCUUCUCACGGUCACUGGUGCCAGUGUUGGAGACCGCCUCCUUUUGGCCUGGCCUCUGGAGGGGCUGGCUGGGAACCUCUGGCUGCAGGAUUUGUACCCAGCAGAGGCCGCCAGGCUACAGGCUCUGGAUAACCAUGAUGUUGGGACCCGCCGGCGGCUGCUGUUGCUGCUCUGUAGUGUCUGCCAAGGCCACCCAGCCCUGGGGCGGCUGGGCCGGGGCCACCUGACCCAGGUAGUUCUGCGUCUUGGGGAAGAGGAGGUAGAAUGGGCUGAAGAGGCCUUGGGGGAGCGCUUCCUUCAGGCUUUGGAGCUGCUCAUCAUCAGCCUGGAGCGGGCCAGCUUACCCUGCCAUUUCAACCCUGGUGUGAACCUCCUCAAUGGCCUGCAUGAGGAGGAGAUUGAUGACAUUGGCUAUGCACUGUACCUUGGCCUGCAGGCCCCCGAGGGCCUGCUGUAGGUGGGUAGGAAAGGGCAGCCAGCAUGUGUUCCGAUGCUGGUCAGCCGCACACUCUUCCUUCCAGGGAUUUGGAGAGCAUUUUUUUUUUUUUCAGGCAGAAUAAAAGAGAGUGCAUUACCUAAGCCCACAGGAUUAGCAUGUGUAGAGGUGACAGUUACUGGAACCUUGACCUCAGAGAGCUUGGGUUGCUGUCACCUGAGUGUGGCUAGACUGCCUGUCAGGUGUCCCAGAGUACCAGCCACUCACACACACACCCUCAGCCCUCUGAGCCUAACCCCAGGACCUUGAGCUUGGUCCAUCAUCACCAGCAGUGAAUUCAGUGACAAAACAAGGCCAGCUCCAUUUUUCUGUUGAGGUUAGUGCUUUCCUCAGGUGCCAGCUCCCAAGGCUUCUGGCACUAAUUGGUAAAUACCAUGUAUUUGCCUAUCCCUCAGGGGCUGGAGUCACCUGUUUGUUACCUGCGGAAUGCAGCUUUUUGGUUGACCUAAAGGCUAGUGUUUUCCAUUGUCUGUGGUCAAGUUUGCUUGUCGAGCUCUCUUCAGCCUGGAGUGGGUGCUCAGCCUGAUGUGCUGCCCACCUCAUACCUCUGGGGAAGGCCCUUUUCCCCCUAGCCAGGCAAUUUUUCAAUUUGGGCAGUAGAGGCCCCUAGUAGAGCUCCUUCCCCACUCAGUGGGGAAGAGGAGUUGAUCUGUGCUGCCUGCCUGGCCCAGUGUCCUGAUAGCUGCUAAUUGGCCCGGCUGGAGUAGAGGUGAGACCCUCCUAGAGAGGCCUGGUGUGCAGGCCGACUUCCUCAGUGCCAACAUGAACUGUUCUCAGCCAAUAUCUAUUUCCACUGAAGCCUAGCAGAGGUGGAAGAGCUAGGGAGGGGAGGGUCUGCCUUCCCUCUCAGGUGUCCCUCCUA